AUGCCGAUUCCCAGCUCAGCAUUGGCCAGCAUUCGAGCAGGCGAGCACGAGAGCGAUGCCAUCAAAUUGAGUUGGCCCGUCGCUCCACUAUCUCCUAGGAUUGCCGAGGCUAAGGCGUCGUUGAUGCAGGAUGACCAGGUUUCCAACUUGCAAGAGACAAGACUUGGGCUUGAUAUCUUUGACAUCGCAAACAGCACCGACGCCGAGUGGGCCGCGAAAAUUGGCACCGCGAGCGCCGCCUUAAGAUCAAGAGAGGUGUCAGAGGUAGAUUCGAUGCCAGAUGUUCGCUUUGCCGACUGCAAGUGGGACUUCUUUCUGAGCUACAUGCCGGAAGGGGAAGAGGCGAUCCAUGAGAUUCACGAAGCUCUGCCUGAACGGUUCCAGGGCGCCACUUGCUGGCUGGAUUCACAGCAAGGUUCCUGGGACCGUUCCGUUCGGAGUGGCAUCGCCUACUCCAGAAAUGUCGUGGUCUUCCUCACCAGAGGAGCAACUGAAAGCGAGAAGUGGCAGAGGGAGAUGGCGAUUGCCCUUGAGGCCAAACGAAACAUUGUCCUCUUUGGAGAGACAGAUGAGAAGAAAGGGAAGCCGAGCAUCGAUGAACUAAUUCACCAAUGCCCGCAAAACCUGAAGUGCAUUUUCCACCAAAACGUGAUCAUCCCCUACUUCAGCGACCCGGCCUUCCGUUCCGUGUCCUUCGACAAGAUGGCCCGUGUGUUGGCACAGAAUCCGGAGCUUGAGUCGCUGCGCGCGCCCAAGCAGAAGAAGAAAGACAUGGUCUACUUCCACCUGGGCCACGAUGCCGAAGAUGCCGAAGUCUUCCCCAUCAUCUUCAGACGGUUUGCUGCGGUCUGUGGACUGCCACUUCCUGGCAGCAGCACAUGGGCAAUCCGCUGGUCGAAGCUUUGA